AAGCGAUAAAACAUUCACUCUCAGCUAAGCCUUUGAGUCUGAGGACUGAUAAAUGCCCUACGCUGAUCUGGACUUUUGCCACGACUUACGUUGUACGGCUACUGAGCUGUUUAGCCAUUUAAACAAUAAUUACCACCAAAUCUCUACAUGUUUUUAGCUAAUUAAAUAAAAGGAAGCAUGCAACAGAUUUUUGCAGUUUUCCUCAGCUUCACCUGUUACGCUUUGGCCAAUGCAUUCUUUAGACCCUACUGUCAAGAGAAUGCAACCUGCGUCAGGGGUUGCUCGUGGGUCCUGGAGCGUUAUUUCAACGGCGUAGCGAACCAGGUCCUGCCUGACAACGGCUACCGCAACCUGACGGUACCUUCGUUGGCCAUGUGCGGCAGGGAGUGUCUUAUGGAUGAUCGCUGCUUCUCUUUCCACUACUCGAAGGGGGAGAUGUGGUGUGAGUUGAACGGGGCCACAGCGUCGCGAUACCCGAUGGAUCUGAUUGAGAUGGAGGGUAUGUUCUACUACGGUCCGGAAGAGCCAAAACUUGUUAAGCUCCUGGCAUCCGGAAAUAAAACAGGUAUUCCAAGCCUGACCGACUGUAGGUACCAGACUCACGGAUCAGUCUCUCCUGAGUGCAGUAAGACAGGACAGCAUCUCUGCCUGAAAUGGGAACUUGACCACGCCUCCAAGGAGGGAUACCCUGCCACACCUCUCUCAUGGUACGCUGAUCCUGACAGCCAGGCUGUGCUGACCGAGACCGGAGUGACCUACCACGACCUGCCGCUGACCGCCCCGUCUCCCGGCUUGUGCUGCUCCCUCCCGAUGACCUACCGAGACCCAGUAAUCACUCCGCAGAGCUACGAUUUAGCCGACCGUGCCGGGCAGGCCAGAGGUUGUUCCGACCUGGCAGCUCAUCCCUGCACCCUGGCCGAGCUGAAGGAGGCUUACGACCACGGCUACCGAGGUUGUUUAUACUGGGGCUACUUUGCUACUCCAAACCGUGAUGCAAGGGUUGAUGGAUGCACUCAUCAUAAGGACGACGAGUGUUACCAAGGUACCAUAGCAAACACACCAAGACCAGCCACGCAUAAGCGAGUGUACUGCUGCCCAAAUCGUACCUAAUUCCACGUGUCUCAGCCACAUUUGGCCUCUGCACGUUUUUGGUUUUUAAUCCAAUCUGUUUAUGCGCGAUAGUAUUAUGACAAUGCGAAAGUUUCUUUAUGUAAUAAAAUACAAGUCGCCCUCCCUUCAGUUACAACAUCGCGAUUUCGCACAAAGGCGAACGCGAAUUUGAGUCGUAAUGGCAAGUAUUAGCAUUGGCGAACUUUUGUAAAAGUUGAACAUAAU